AAACAUCACUUUUCUCAACCUUCUUAAUUAGGUUCCUUUCUUUUCUUUUUCGUUUCAUGCCAACAAGUUAUGUGUAUGUAUUGCAUAUAACUUGUUUGAUCCUCCAUAGUUUUUUUUAAACGUCUUGAUUAGUGUUUAGGCUUUUCUGGAAUUCAUUUCGUGUGAUUCUAGAUCUGGGCCAGAGGACCCAUAAUUCCUCCAUCUUUACCAGGACGAUUCCUGCUUCCAGGUUUUGCAGAGGCGAUGCGUUGACCUCUCAGAUUGAUUCCAACGCCCUUGUUUCUCUCCCACGCCAAUCUUCUAAAACCAAACAUUUAUCCCAGGAGGAGGGGGUGAGGGCUGAGGGAGAUGAGAGAAAGAAACGAAGCUGUGGAUAAAAUGGAAGAACAGGAGGAUUACAGGACAUUGAAGACCAAUUUGUUGAGUGUGCAAGAAGAAUUGAAGGCGAAAGACAAGGUCAUCCAGGCUCUGAGAACGGAGGUGGUAAGGGCGAGAGGGUUGGAGGCUAAGCUGGCGGAGAGAGACGUAGGGUUAGGGAGAUUGAGGGAGGAGCUGAGUAACGCGAAGCUGCGGGAGGGGCACGCCAGGGAUUUGGUGGCAGAUCACAGGAGGCGAAUUCACGAGCUAGACGAUGAAAUCGAGAACAGGAAGGUGUCCGAAUCCAAGAUUUAUGAUUUGUUAGCGUCCCAGACGAAGAAGUUCGAGGAGAGCAAGAUCGAGCUGGAAGAAUCUAAGCUGGAAAUGGCAGCGCUUCUCAGGAAGGUGGAGUUUCUGGAAGCUUCUUCCAAGAACCCUAGUGUUAAUAAUGGAUCAUUUGACCACAUUGGGGAAGAUUAUUUCCAGGCAAAAUCAGAGAACUGGGACGAAGAGAAUGAAGAGGAGGCAGGGGACAACUUCGUUUCGCUCAAGAAUGAAUUGAAGCAGGCAAUGGAGGCAGAAGAAAGGACCAGAAAGGCGAUGGACGAUUUAGCAUCGGCGUUGAAGGAAGUCGCAACAGAAGCCGCGGAGGCAAAGAAGAAAAGCAGCAUUACCGAACUAGAACUCAACCAUCUAAAAGAGCAAACUGAGAAUUUAAAAGAGACGCUUAAGAUGACAGAAGAAAAUUACCAGAAUCUCUUGGAGGAGGCUAAUAAGCAAACAGAGCUUCACAUCAACACCAUAGAUCGGCUGACAUUAGAAGCCGAGGAAUCGCUCCUGGCCUGGAACGGCAGAGAGAUGGGAUUCGUUAGCUGCAUAAAGAAGGCGGAGGAAGACACCGUGAAACUCACCACAGCUCUCAUGGAAGCGGAGGAGGCGACAAUGGCCGCCCGCGAAGAAACAAAGCAAGCCAGAGACAUACUGAAACAGGCCAUCAACGAAGCUAACGCCGCAAAAGCCGCCGCGGAUAUCGCGCGAGUAGAAAACUCGCAGCUCAAAGAUAACCUAGCGGAAAUGGAGGACGCGCUGCAAUUCCUGUCGCGCGAGAACGAGCGCCUGAGGAUCAACGAAGCCGCCGCCAACGAGAAAGCGGAGCCGCCCAAACAAAUGAUGACGUCGUCGUCGUCUUCAUCUUCACUGCAAUUGCCGCCCCACGACCACAAACUCAACGCUAAGAAGCACAAGAGAAGGCCUUCGAAGAUCACGACGGAAGACUGCAGCGACAAAAGCGAAGACGAUGAAUAUGCGGAAGCAAGUGGCGGCGCCGGCGCCGAACAAAAGGCCGCGGCGGCACCGAAAGCACAAAGCGAUGGAGGAGUAACUACAGAAGACGAUCAGGAUUCAGAUGUUGAAAAGUCGUCUCAUAGAAGAAGAAGAGGAGCUAUAUUUCGCAAAGUUGGAGACCUAAUUCUCAGGAGGAAUUUCAGUAUUAGCAGAAAAGAGCCUUCUCCGGAGCCAACUCUCAAUGAGAAUACCUCCAUCGUCAAAGCCUGAUGAUUCUCUUCUCUUAUAUGACUCAGAAAAUAAUUAAAAUUAUAGGCCUCUCUUAUAUAUACACUUAAUUGUAUUUUUAUUUAUAUAAUAAUAAUAUAUACACUUGUACAUUUAUUUAUUUUUGUUGGUGAGGGCAUUUGGCUAUUUAUUGUGAAAAUCCCGUAACUGCUCGAGUAUACAGGUAAAUCUCGUGACCUUAUUCGACAAA